CGAGCAUUUUUAGAUUGAAACGUGAACCGAUCCCUCGUGUUUGUUUUUGCACGACUUUGUCACGUGAACUAAGAUGGAAGACUGGUGGUGACUGUGUGGGUGUGGUUAUUUCAUCAUACUGUUGAACUGCAAAUUUGUGGAAAGGGGUUUUGUAUAAUUUCACAACUUCGUUAUAAAGGGAGCACUCUAUUCUUUUGACUCGUCACUCGAACAUUAAUUAGAAGCAAUGGCUACGAAUACACAGAAAGGAUCCUCUCCCGACUUCGCUCUUAAAAUGGUCAACAAGGGAAGAAAGAUGUUGGAGUACGUGACUGAGCGUGUAGAGCAAGGGGCUCCAGCAAACUUGCUUGAUAUAGCAGACCAGUAUUGCUACGAGUUUGACACUAAGAUGAUGCAUGUUGGCGACAAAAAAGGUGCGAUCGUUCGUAAGAUUAUCAAGGACCUAGCUCCAAUGACAUGUUUGGAGUUGGGUACUUACUGCGGCUAUUCGGCCGUUCUCAUGGCGAGUGUCUUGCCUAAAGGAAGCCGCUUCCUCACCGUCGAACCUUCAAAAGGAAUUGUAGAAGUUGCAGAAAAAUUCAUCCAACUAGCGGGAGCUGAUGUGAGCGAAAAGAUUAAAAUUAUCAAUAAACAGUCAGAUGAGGUAAUCCCAAGCCUCCAAAGCGAUUACUCCGUUGAUACCCUGGACUUCGUCUUUAUCGACCACUGGAAGAACUUAUACGUACGGGACAUCCAGCUUCUUGAGACCCAUGGGCUCCUUAGGAAGGGCACGGUCAUCUUAGCCGAUAAUGUCAUCUACCCAGGCGCUCCUGAGUAUCUGGAAUAUGUGAAAGGAUCAGAGAAGUAUGACACUGAGGUCAUAGAUUCCACCUUAUACUCUGGUCGUGAAGAUGGUCUGGCAAAAUCUGUUUAUCUUGGGUAGUCAAGGAAACAGAUCAAGGAUUGACCAAUCAGGGCCCGACUUCAUAGAGCUGCUUAUUUUAAGGCAGAAAAAGUAGCUGACCGAGCAACAAAUUGUUACUUACCAGAAUAAGGUUACCAGCCAUAUAUAGUAUCAUGUCAUGCGUACAAUUUGUUUCUGGUAUCCUGCUUAUUUCCGCUAAGCAGUAAAUUGUUGAGCAAUUUUCUGCUUAAGCAGCUCUAUGAAAUUGGGCACAGGGUUGGUAGAUUGUAGCUUAUGCUUAGCUUCUUUUUCUCGCUCAAAGCUUUGCCUAUUUUGUGGAAUAUGGAAGUUAAACAUUUAAAUGCCUGAAAUGGUUUCGAUUUAAAAAAUAUGCCGAUAUUUUGUAACAUUUUGUUGUCGAAUAUGAAAACAAGGGGAGGGAUAGUAUAAUUAUUAACUUGUUGUUAAACUGUUAAACUGUUGCAUUUCAUGUUUCAAACAAAUAAAUGUUUAUAUAUAUAUUUCAAAUAUCCAUCAGAAUACAUCAAGGGAAACUGUUUUUGUCAAUGUAAUUUUAAUGUUAGUGUGAACAAAGACAGGUUGGGUUUACUUGGUACUUUAAUCCCUUAACAGCCCCAUUUGGGCUAAACUGGGAUGGUGGGAAAGUGACGUCAACAGCUAGGUGGAUAAGGUGCCAAAAGAAAAGAUUAAAGGUGCACUUUUUACAGGUGCAGGAAAAGAGGGAAAGAAUUUAAAGGACAAUAUUGCCAUGCAGAGGCUGCAUUGCUCUGAUGGCAGAGAUGGCUGAUGUUUGGAAGACCUGUAUGGAUGGAGUUAUGUGUAGGACAGCAGAUGGUGAGAGCCUGUUCCAAACUGACAUAGCCCUUGGAAAGAAGGCAUAUUUGUAUACAUUAAUGGUUGGAAUUGUUAAGGAGGUGUAUUUGAGUGGGUGAUCGACUCGUUGUGAGAUAUGAGUAGCAUGUUGAAAGCACUGUGGGAAUGUAAUAUUGACUAGGUUGUAGUGAAUUUUGUAGUACAGUGUGCAUGGUUGAAUCAGACGGCGAGUGUGAAGUAGAUCCCAAUUUAAUUGUUCUACAAGCGGUGUAACAUGAGUAGUUGUACGAUAGUCAGAGAAGACGAAUCUGGCUGCUCUCUUUUGAAUCUGUUCAAGAUGGUUUAUGUCGGUAACAGUGUUGGGUUUCCAAACUUCACUUGCAUACUCGAUUUGUGGACGAACUAGUGCUGUGUAGGCUCUUGACUUAACCUGUUGGGAACAAGGCGAUAACGUUCUUCUCAGGAGACCUAGUGUACGACUUGCUUUCUGUGCAACUUUAUGAGAGUUCACUGGAGGACAUGCUACAUCAAAUGAUUUUUGUUUCGUUGAUUUUUGGAAUGAUACAUUAUUUAAAAAACUGGGUCAAAGGUCACGAUAACAUAU